CACAGUCUCGAGGCUGGAUGAAGAAGAAAACACCUGCUGAGGUUUCAGUGCGGAGGACGCAAACGAACUGUUUGUACAACUCAGCUGAAACAUGAGGAUAUCGUUGACUGCGUCUCUGCUCGUAUGUUUGGUCCUAUUCUAUCCAGUGAGGGCGACGUCCUCUGCCUUUCCUGAAGACCUGGAGGGAUCAGGGUUUGACCCGGGCGUUUCGGGUUCUGGUUCGGGGGAGUGGCUAGAGCCAGAUGAAUCAACAGACUCCAUGGAUUAUUCCAACAGAAGAGACCACGCCCUUGAUGGUUUAUCGUGGUCUUUGAAGGACUCAGAAUAUGUUACUGUGUCAAACAGCAAAAGUCUCUGGGAGAACAAACAAAUCGUUGCAGGUAUUGCUGCAGGAGGAGUAGCAGGAGUGGCUCUGGCUGCAAUACUGGCUGGAUUAUUAAUCUACACUUGGCACAAGAAAGAAGAGGGAGGAUACAUUCAAGGCCAGCAGACUCACAGGGAAGACAUUGUAUAAUUGUCCAAACUUUUGAAAGAAAACAACUGUCUCACCAAUGUUUUAUAUUUUCCUAUCUUCAGAUAUUUGAGAGAGAGUGGGUUCAGAUAUAUCAUUGUUUUUAAUUGAUAAUUUAUUUUUUGAUAGGAUAAAAUAUGAAGAAUUUGUAAUGAAGUCUUGAUCUUUAUAUUGCACUUUUAAACUACUCAAUUUUUACCCAGGGCCGUAGCAGUAUAGCUACCGUCAAGACUGUUUACUUUGUUUGUAAAGGGAUAUGAUGUUUUAUUAAAGCAGUAGUCUGGUGCAUGUGUAUCUAUAUUUUUGAAUAUUGUAUUAUGUACAAGUCAGCUCGCACUUAUGUAGCAUUUUUAAAACCCGUAAUCACAAGGAGAGAAAAAUGAACGAUUCCUCCUCUGUAGGAAAUGGCACAGGUGUAAAUAAUAAUGAAUUCUAUUUAAUAUUCCAUGUAGCUGCUUCAGUGUCAGGGUCCACACUGACUCACUCUGUCAUGGCUUAAGUAAAGUUAAAUCGCCAAACUGUGCUAAAUUUCUCAUCCUCUGACUUUCAAAGCAGGAAUAAAGAAGGACGAGUCAUUCUGGGCUACAAUACUGGGUGUGCCCUCAAUAUUUAACCCUCAGUGGUAAGGAGGGAGUCAUAAAGUUAUUAUCAAGAAUUAAUGAGGUUGUUGAAUGAAUAUCAAUAUCAAUGAAUAUCAAUUACAAUGAUUGAUGAUCAGCUGCUGCAAUUUAACACGUGUUGUGUUUCCUGUGUACUGUAUGUACCAUAAAAUAUUACUAUUUUUGUAUUGUAUGAUUGUAAUAAUGAAAAUAAAUUAGCUUUACAAUUACUUUGAUCCUAAAUGUCAUUUUAUGUUUUAUGUGCUAAUAUUGUAUCAUUAUUAAUAGAAACACACAGUAUAAACUCUCAAAGCUGAGACCUUAUUGGGAUUGUGCUAUUUUGCAUUUAUUUGUUGUUCUUUUGUGUCUCUUUGUAAUCAUUUUGCAUCUCUUACAUAUCUUCUAUGACAAAUUGUAUGACUCGCAAUAAGAUACACUUAGUGUCCCCUUAGGGAAAUUCUUUUUGGGUAGUUAAAUACUUAAAUCAUCCAUGAGUGUUGUACCGACUUUAUCAAUCUCAUAAUGGAUAAAUGCUGUCAUUGCGGCAAAAUGAAGGAAGUAAGUGUAAGAAAAAAUAAAUACAAAUGACUGUAGACAACGAAAUAUACAGAAAAUCUGUAUAAUUUACAGCCUUAUUUCCAGGUUAUUGCACAGUACUAUGCAUUUCGUCUAGCAAGAAAGUUGUGUUUUUGCAGGUGCAUUUUCCGGGGAUGUAAAGCAUAGCAAAGCAAUUUGAUGGUGAUCUGGAUAUGGAUCCAAAUACAGGAUAUUUGAACAAUAAUA